UUGUAUGGUUGUCUAAACUGCUCAGCAGAUAAGAUAAACAAGCAGAAACCUCCGUGACUGAAGUGUCACGAGAAGAACAUCGAAUACUCCUCUCAUUCCGAAUGCAUUUACCUUUCCGUUUGCUUGUAUUGGACUCUAGGAAAUCAGUACUCAUCAUUAAGCAGAUAAACAAGUUUCCUCAAAAUCUGCAUCUAACUGUUUCGAUGUCUAACAUGUCGUAUGACAGUGGAGUCGCAGGUAUGCGAGCAGCUUAUCGGAGUCGACAGGAACUGUUUACAGAAUCUGAUCUUGUUUGCAAGGAACCAAUUGGUCAAUUCAAAGCUUGGUUUGAUCAAGCGCGUAAUGAUCCCAGUGUAAUGGAGGCAAAUGCUAUGUGCUUGUCAACAGCAAGCAAAGAUGGAAUUCCUUCUGCUCGAUAUGUACUUCUAAAGGGUUUUGGUCCAGAUGGAUUCAAAUUUUUUACAAACUAUGAGAGCAGGAAAGCUAAAGAAAUUGAGGAAAAUCCCAAAGCAGCACUGACAUUCUACUGGGAAGUUUUACGCAGAUCUGUGAGAGUUGAAGGAAAUGUUGUACGGUUGUCAGUAGAGGAGUCAGAUGAGUAUUUCCAUUCACGUCCUAAAGCAAGUCAAAUUGGUGCAUGUGCCAGUAAUCAGAGCACUCCUAUUUCUGGACGUGAAGUCUUGACUGCUCAAGAAAAAUAUCUUACCACAGAAUACUCUGAUAAGGAGAUACCACGCCCAAACUGGGGUGGAUAUAUGGUGAUUCCACAAAGUAUAGAAUUUUGGCAAGGUCAGAGUGACAGACUACAUGACCGAAUUCGCUUCCGGCGCCCUCAAGAAACUGAGAAGCCAGAUGGAAAGUUAUUGCAUGAGGGAGAUAACGGUUGGGUAUUCGAAAGAUUAGCUCCAUAAUGGACAUGGAUACACAAGUCUCGAUCCAUGUUAUGUUUAUAGCAUGAACCUUAUUGUGUGAACUUUGUCGAGUUUAGUAUGAAAUUAAUGUGUCAAAUAAGGUACCACCUUCUAGCCUUGGUUAAAAAGUGGAAUAUCUCUACAAUUAAUGUCUUCCAUUUUUAGAUCAUAUUAUAGAACUAUAUUUUUUUAUCUAAAGCCGUUUAUUGUAUUUUUAUCUUGCCAUUCUUUCUGUGUUGUCUGGCAGUUUGUUGAGGCAAUACAUUAAAACGGAUCCAGAACUGUUGCA